UUGAUUAUGCUCAUGCCAAGCUCAUCCCUCUGUUGCCUUCACCAGAUGGAACCAAGCCAGCUGAACUGCAACCAGAAUGCUACCAAGGUUACCCUGGAUUUGUGUCAUCACGGCAUGGCCCAGUUGCUGACCUCGAAGCCCUUAAAAAGGUCCACUCAAAAAUCACCCAGUGCACACCUCCUCAUUCAUGGCAAGACCCUCAGUCUCACUCCACACUUGCCAUGAAGAGCCAAUGGUACCGUAACCUGUUCCGGAUUCAAAACACCCUUUUCCACAGCACAGUGGAAUAUUUCCACAGUUCCUGCCAGUACUCCUACGCUCUAACCCCUCUCACCACAGACACCAUCUCUUCGCCAAUGGGCCUGGGAUCUGACUCAGAACCCGUUUCUGUUCACUUGCUCGGCCAGGACAUCUACCUCGCUGACUCAAUGCAAUUUGUACUUGAAUACUUCCUUCGCUUCCAGGAGAACUUGCCAGGGACAUACUACAUAUCUCCCAGCUUUAGAGGGGAAGAUCCUGAUGCCACCCACUUGAACCAGUUCUAUCACGUGGAGUGUGAACUGUUGGGGAACAUGGACAAGGCCAUUUCCACCGCAGAGGGAUACUUGGCUCAUCUCACCAAGUCCAUGCUGAAGAAACACUCUGAUAUCAUCCUCAACACCGCCGGGACUCUUACACAUGUCAAAGUCAUGCUGAGUAAGCUGGAUGGAAAAAUCCCACUACCAAGAGUCCCCCUAGACCAGGCCAUUCCCAUGAUGCCCUCCACCGACUGUCUAGAGUGGGUGCAAGAUGGCCAGCCGCAGUUUGGCAGAAAGCUAACACGCAAAGGAGAGCGAGUCUUGAUAGAGAAAUAUGGUGGCGCUGUUUGGCUUACUGAGAUGGACCAUCUAGGAGUUCCCUUCUACCAGGCCUAUGUGGAGGGCACUGAGCGGUGCAAAGCCAAAGCUGCGGAUCUUCUCCUGGGUUUAGGUGAGACUGUGGGUCUCGGUGAACGUCAUUCCACCCCUGAGAUGGUACAGGAGGCCCUCAGACACCAUGGAGUGCCAGAGCAGUCCUACAAAUGGUACCUUAACAUGCGGCAGGUGAAUCCGCUCCUCACCAGUGGAUGGGGCAUGGGAACGGAGCGCUACUUGUGUUGGCUGCUUAAACAUGACGACAUUAGAGAUAUGCACAUCAUUCCUAGGAUGAAAGGAAUGAAGUACAUGCCAUAAUCAUAAGUACUUCACAGGUCUACAGACCAUAAGAUGUGAUUUACGUGUAACAAUGUGGCCAAAGAGGAAUAUACAAUAUGGAUUUAAGUCACAAAAAAUGGCAUAUGAAUCCAGACUUUGGGAAAGUCUUCCAUCUCGAGUGCUUUAUAAUCAUUACCAGUGUUCCUUUCUGCAAAUUAUUAUAGCUUUUAAUACAACCCAACCCUUUGAACCAACCCUUGUUCAUUUUAAAGUAACAUGUCCUGUGCUACAGUAUGUUAUAGUCUUGCAGCAAAACCAGAGAUAUCAUUUUAGAGAAUUAAAUUAAUGUAGAGAAAGUUUAUUUGGAGGUUACAUGAAGUAUAUCAGCAUUUGUUUUUUAAGUGUUAACACAGUGGUUAAGCUAACGUGUCAAUGAAAGAUAGUACAGCUUGUACAAUUGGAAUUGCUCAUUGCAUUGUCUCAUCUUUUCUUUGUGUGAGACUUAAUAAAAUGAUUGACAAAAGAUGUCACAGGAUAAAAUGUGUAUGUGUAUAUUUGUUUUAAUGUUUGGGACAAGAUGAAGGUACGUGUUUAUGUCUUUGGUCAUGCAUUUUUAUUAUUUGUGCAAGAACAUUAUUUAUACUGUUCCUCAAUAUAAUAAUAUCUUUGUUUUAAUAUCUC